GGUCGUAUGUAAAUGGAUCGGAGCUUCUCGUUGGUUGAAGGAAUAGUUCACCAAAUUCAAACCUGAACAAAUCCAAAAUAACACAAACACUAGAAGAAAGGAUAAUAAGAUAAAAUAUCCAAUAUCGUUUAUUGAUCUUACCGGGGGGGACAUCUGGGAUGUUGUCUGAGAAAGAUCCAAUAGUUUACAGGUUUGGAAACAUCAAGUUUUCACGAGAAGAAGAGCAAGCGAUACAGGAUGCUCUAAGCAAGAAGUUGGGCCCAGAGUACAUUAGUCAAAGGGCUGGUGCCGGGGGACAAAAGCUGGCUUAUGUAGAGGGCUGGAAGAUAAUCAACCUGGCAAAUGAGACAUUCGGGUUUAAUGGCUGGUCACAUUCUGUCACACACCAAAACAUUGACUUUGUUGAUCAAGUUGGACAGAAAUAUUAUGUUGGUGUCAGUGCAUUUGUAAAAGUUCAGUUGAAGGAUGGUGUUUUUCAUGAAGACGUUGGUUAUGGUGUUUCUGAAGGAAUGAAGUCAAAAGCUCUUUCCCUUGAGAAAGCUAGAAAAGAGGCUGUCACAGAUGGACUGAAACGAGCUCUAAAAAAUUUUGGUCAAGCUCUUGGCAACUGUGUGAGUGACAAAGCUUACUUAAAGUUUAUCACUAAACAACCAAAGCCGCCUGAUGAUGGAUAUGAUCUUAAUUCUAUGAGGCGACAUCACACACAUGGGCGAGCGAAGCUAACACUGCAUCAUGUAGCCCCUUCAAGUGAACAUAAAAUCCAGGCGCCUACGGCUAGUGUCACGACGGAAAAAUCAAGAACUUCAGAAGAUUCUUCUAAUAGAAACUGUACAACUCCAAUCAACCAAUCUACAACGACGGUGACUGUCAAGAAUGAAACGUCAAGUGAUCGAAAAAACAGCAAUCAGCCAAUCAAAACUCCAUGUGCUGAAUCGACGCCAAUAGCACUGGAAAACCGGCUAGUAAAAACGUCUGCGGUAACCACACCACAGGUAUCCCACAGUACAACUCCGAAUCAAACUACGGCACAAGGGUUGACUAACAGCACUAGGAACCCAGAAGUUACUCCCAUCACCUCGUGUGGAAGAAGAGAUUAUUCGUGCAGUGUCAUCGCUGAAGAUGAUGCAACCUUCUGGAAUCAAUCGUUCGGGUUUGACGAGGCGCUCCUCUCGUGUACUGAUAACAGUCUGAUCAUGGUAGACAGCAAGGAAAACCAAAAAAGAAACUCAAGAUCUCCUGUUGAGCCCGCUCCACACAGAGCCACAUCUUCUAGUCGUGUCGAGCGCGGUCCGCAGAGUUUCCAUAAGCCCCCACCACACCAGCGAGGCAUGCGUGCGCCUGCUCAUGGCGUAAGACCGCUGGACGACAAAACGUUCAACGAAGAAAGAAAUAAACGGCGAAAAGUGCAGUAGAGGGAGCGGAACGCUUGAAAAAUGCAUGACAGAAAAAUACAAGGGGUUACCUCUAAAGGUGGAUUUACGUGCAAUAUUUUGCAGGCUUGUUACAAGCAAGAGAAUUGACAAACUCUUGCGAUAUGCCCCUGCUUCUCUCUGUGGAUGAGAAUUCAGCCUGAAACCCGAAACCCUUUUCUUAACUUGCUUAGAUAUGAUCUGACUGACAUAACCAUAGAAAGAAUGAAAUCUGCUUUACUUAUUUUGCUAAUGAAGACAAAUAAAAUAAAGUAGUAAUGAUACAUUUUGCAACCAGAUCGAACGAAAUUUUAAAAAAAACAUUUGGUACGACGGCUGAAAACAUACUCUUGUCAAAGCCAGGCGUUUGCGCUCAAUUGACAAAGACCUCCAUUCUACAAAACGCCCCAUUGGGGUAAUUGACCCUUGCUUAUUUAAAAAAAAAAGAUCCGAAAUGCAGAAGGCUAAACUGAAAGAAUGAAACUUCGAAUCCUUCGUAUUUUAUUAAAAAAAUAAACGUGUCUGAACCGAAA